AUGAAGAAAGCUACCACUUUAACGGAAUUGCUCAAUGGCUAUGGUGGGGCAAGGAAGAGCGGAGAGGAAGCGAGCGAUGAGGAAGCAAUAGCGUAUAUAGAGGAUCAAAAAAGAGAGUCGAUGCGUGACGAAGACGAAACAAUGGAAUCAAUAGACACGUCGAUGGGACUGAACUCUUCUCCAUCUCUGGCUACUAGUGAAAUAGCAUCUCAGGAAAAGUCAGGUGGGUCGGUUCAAAGCUUCCUUAUGAACAGUCGUCUCCGGAAAGCUGAUCCACAACCAGUGAAAGGCAGCGUUGAGAAAGCUGAGGUUAUAUCGCUUGAUGAUGACUUCAACGACGAGCAAAAUCUCGAAAACGAAGGAGCUGAGGAGUUGCUGACAACGGUUAGUCGAGUUACUGCUCCCUCGAAUUUCAAGAAAACAGCAUUGAAAGACCUUUUCAAUUCUUUUAAGCCCUCUACAGAAAAGCAAGUCAAGUUAAAUUCAUCUGUCGUCUCCAGCAGCUUCAUCGGAAGCGAGAGCAGAAAGAGUAAGCGGGUCGUGGCAAUAAAUCAAGCACCCUUUCCGAGCCGACAACUGAUUGAACCACCAGAUGAUAUUAUUGAUCGCAAAGGUCUCAAAAUAUGUUUAAAUGCUCGAGAAACUGUUGCGCCGCAGACGAUACCUUUCACUCUCGAUGAAUACAAAACUCUAAAAAUUAGAGACGGUCUGAAUAGUAGGUUCAGAAGGGUUAAAAUAGUCAAAACGAGAAGAAAGUACAGUGUUCUAUGGCCAGAACUUCUGAAACCCAAAUCGCUGAAAGAGGUACUGCUGGAACCUUCAUUAAAGGAGAACGUCAGUGAAUGGGUCGCGCAAGCGUUUAUAAAACUAAAGAAACCGACUACUAGAAACAAAAUGCUCAAGCGUCAGCGCAUUGAAGAUGAUCCUUUAGAUUCCUUCAUUGUGGAUGAUGAAAUGGAUGACGCUAGGCUGAGAGAAGACUUUGUGCCACUCAUGAUCUUGUUCGGUGAUGGAAUAGGCAAGAACGUUCUGAUAGAGGUACUUAUGAAAGACCACGGAGGUCAAAUAUAUGAAGUAAAUGCAUCGAGUAAUAGGUCGAAGAAAGAUAUCCUGGAGAGUCUUCUGGAAUUUUCGACGACACAUUACGUAAAAGGUCAAGGAUCUAAAGGAAUCAUUCUACUAGACGACGUUGACGUAUUAUUCAAGGAACAUGACAAGUUUUUUUGGCAAACGAUCGAAAAAGUACUUUUGACGACCCGAAGGCCUAUUAUCAUGCUCUGCAGAGACCUCAACUUCGUGCCCAGCAACCUGGUUCAUCUGGCUGUAAGCGAGAAUUCCCUGUUUCAUUGCAAACGAGUUUCCCAUCAAACUGUUACCAAGUUUUUGGAGCGGUACUGUCGAAAACUUGAUGUCGAAAUUGAUCAAAGCAUUCUGCAGGUGCUUGUAACCUGUAGCAAAAAAGAUAUAAGGAAAUGUCUGAUGGACCUCGAGUUUUGUUGUACGCCCCCUGGCGAGCUCAAAGUACCAGAGGCAUCUCCUCAACCGAAGCCUCCAAAGCAGAACUUAGCUGAGGCUUUAGAGUGUGCCGAACUCCUCUCGUGGACAGAUGUGCUGGAGAGCAAAACCUACUGGAAAUCUUCAAUUUUGCAUGAUGCCGACAAAACUCUAAUGACACCUCACACCCAAGCAAUGGUGGGAAACAUGUCCGACGAACAGCAACGUCUCCAGAGUGAUUAUAUGGUAGACUACAGACUUCAUCUGGUUGAUAAUGUUAAUCAAGCUCAAUUACCAUUCGAGCUAAACAUAGGAGAAUAUUUGAAGGAGAUAUUACCAAAUACUGAACUCGCCAAGCUCACAAAGUAUAGCAAACUCCAGAGAGCACGUUAUGAUAAGAUGAAGAAAGCAAGCAUCAGUUAUUUGAGCACAAGAAUUGAAAAAAAAGGCUUGGCGGGCGUCAGGUUCCGAAAGACUAGAAACUCUAGAAAGAUUCAAGAAAUACUUGAAGGUUUUGACGGUUCCUGCUCCUCACAGGAUCACAACGAGUCUGUAGUUUUUGAUUUCGAAAUCAAUACUAGUACAAGUAUCAAGGAGCAAAUCAAUCCCUACGUGCUCGAGAUUGCCAAGAAAGAGUUUCAAAUAAAACAAGAAAACAGGAAGCUAUUUCUUGAGCAGUGCGAAGGUGUUGAGAAAGCACAGUAUAAUGAAGUUGCAUGGCGCUUGACUCGUGAGCGAUUGCUCAAGCCAAUAUGGUUUCAAGCUGACCCGAAGCCUGUUAUAGACAGUUGGCGAUAA